CCCUUCACGCUCCUUGCUGCACGCUCGUCCUCGUCCUCCUCGCGACUUCCUCCUCUCGCGUCUUCCCUCAACCCAGCCCAGCUCAUCUACUGUCGUUGUUUGGACCAGAUCAAUCAUAGAAGCCAUGUUCUCCUUCUCCAAGCUCGCUGCUCUCGCGUUGGCCUCGGCCGCUGUUGUCUCUGCUUCUGAUAUCUACGUCCAAGUCGGCGGCAACACGUCCACCAACGCCUCCCUCGUCUUCCAGCCCCAGCUCAUCACCGCUGUCGAGGGUGAUAUCGUCUUCUUCAACUUCACCCAGGGCAACCACACGGUGACCCAGUCCACGUUCGCCUCUCCAUGUAUCGCUGCACACGAGACGAACAGCAGCAUUAACGGGUUCGACUCCGGUUUCCGCGACACCGUUAACGGAACUGCGGUCACCAUUCUCUCUGUACCUAUCACCGCCGAUAUCGCCAACCAGACCCUUUGGUUCUUCGACUACAACACCUGUGGUGAGGGUGGUGUUGGUGGUAUCAACCCCAACCAGAGCUCUUUGGAGACUUUGGCUGGGUUCGAGCGUAACGCCGAGCGUCUCAACGGCACCGCCAGCUCCUCGACCUCCGGCUCUCACUCCUCCACUCGUACCGCCUCCAGCUCCAGCUCGACGUCCUCUUCCACCUCGUCCGACUCUUCCGGCGCGGAGAAGAUGGUUGCCUUGGGAGCGUUGAGCAGCAUCCCGCUGUUCAUCGCCGGGCUCUUGCUUUAAACAUCCACCUCUCCCCCUCCUCACUAACGCCCAUCACUCUAUGGGAAGAUGAGAUGGGAGGACGGGAAGGGCUUGGGACUGGUCUGAGCUAGCCAGGACUUGGAGAUCACAUCCCCUCGCUCCCUCUGACGAACUCUCGACGAACAUUCCAGACUCACACACGUGCACACAGGUCUCUGGCCUUUUAUUCCCACUAAUUAUUUUUCCUCUUUUCUUCCCCUUUUCCCGACGUACUGGGUUUUGAGUCUCUACCUUUUUCUCUGGUUCGCUUGCUUGCUCCGAUCUGUCUUGACUCUGCUUGUUGUUUGUUAGUUGUUUGUACACAGUACAUUUUCGCUCUUUUUGGCUGCUCUCAAGUUGUUUGAUCCUUUGACUUGUGGCCCCCCCUGUUUGUGUUUUACUACCCCCCUCGACUGCUCUCCGACUACAUACAUACAUCGCCGCGUACCAUACAUACAAUACGCGCGCCUCCCUCCCCCCUCCUCGCCUUCAUCUCAAACCUCGCCUCCGUCCUGCUCCCGCGGCUGUCGUCCGAUUUCGCUUCCGCUGUGCAUAAUUUUCAUCGUGCAUUUCGAUCCAACUCCGUGCUCGAAACUGUCUCGGCGCUUUCUUUCUUCGUGUUUGUCGUUUGUUUUUUGAUAGGAGUCUAGGACGUGCGUUGGGGAGCGUGGGUAGGUGUGCGUAGAUCUUUUUGCGUGUUCGUUCGUUGUUGUCGUUGACGUGCGUUCCCUUCCUUCGAUCCACCCGUCCGUCCAUUGUGCGAGAUAAAUCGGCCUACUAGUACUGUCGUUGUUGUACAUACUUGCGAUGCACCGCUCGGUCCCAUGCCCAUGCCCGCGAUCCAAUCUAUGUUCGUGCUAUAGUAACGUACGGGGAUAGGUGUCUAUGGAUGGGAUGGGUGGUGUGUACGUACGAAUGGAUGGAUGAAUGAAUAUACCCUGC